AUGAUGAUCCGUGGAACCUGGAGCGACAACUCAGACAAAAAGCCUGUCCCAGUAGAAUCCAGUCGCAAGCACAAGGCCAGCCGCCGCGGCCAACUCCUCGUGACGCCGCCUCGGACGGUCCCGAUCCACCAGGUCCGGUGUUGGACGGCGGAUCUCGCCCCCCUGCGCUCUCCGCACACCAACCGUUUUCCUUUUUCACGGCUUCCCUUCCUGCUCGAUCGCGCCUGCGCCUUCCAUUUCCUGCCAUCCCACUCCCUCGUCGCCUCGUCGGAACAGCGGCCGCCCCCUGCCCUUCCAAGGAAACCCCAGCCCCCGCCGCGCAAAACCCUAGAGGCGGCGCGGGACGCUGCUUGGGUUCUGGUGAUGGAGGAAGAAGGCGGCGGCGCCAGUGGCAGCGAGGACGAGGUGGUGCAGCUGGAGGACGCGGUGGAGCUGCUGGUGGAGCACCUCGUGGUGCCGGUGCUGCCGCGCGGACAGGUCGACCGGGAGGUGGCCCUGUCGCCUGCGACCCAGGAGACCGUGGCGCGUCAGGUCCACGCGACGGUUCUCCUGUACAACUACUACCACCGGAAGCAGUUCCCGCAGCUCGAGUUUGCCAGCCCCGAUCGGUUCUGCAUGUCCGCGUCCCUCACCGUCAGCAACAAAAAUCUGCUCAUGUACCUGAACCAGGCGCAGAACCGCCUUGGCAACGGAGUGGGGGCGGGGCUCUCGGUUACUGACAAGGCAAUCAUCGACGCCUGUGACAUUGCCGAAGUGCUCGACCCCACAAAGGACUCCCCUGAGAUGAUCAUGUGGCCGAUCUCCAAGGUCGCAGUUCUGCUUCUAAAUCGGACAAAGAAAGUGUGCUUACUCGAGCAUGGAUCCAAAACCAAGGGCAUCUGGUCAAUAUUUGAGAAAGAUAUCAAGACGGCAUUAGGUGGUUCGCUCAGCGGUGACAUGCCAUUGCAGGGGUCGAAUAAUAAAUCCAUGGCACUUCCUUCUGAACCGUACGUGCUUCAGCAGAUUGCAUAUUCAGAAGUGGAGCUCAAAACAGGUAUGAAGCGUACAAAUUUGCGUUUUGUUGAAGAACAUCGAGUGUACUCACUGAGUAAGAAAGGGAGAGCUACCAUGUUGUUCCUUCUGCACUAUGAUGAGACUGUCGAUAGCAAGCUUAAGGAAAUGCCUUUAGAUGCCCUGAUUGAAAGGAUGAGUGGUCCUAUAUUUGAAAAUGGUCUAUACCCAAGAACGACAUCCGUUGUUGAAUGCUACCAUUUACUGCCAUAUAAAGAGGUCUUGUUAAAUGUCCUGAACAGGGACUGGCCUUUGGGUUCAUCAUUGAGUGCGCCAAAGGAGCAGACACCAGAUGUUGAUCCUGUAAUUAACGACCAUGCCUUGAAAAACCAAAAGGAGAAAGUCAAUGAAAAGUCUGGUGGCAUCACAAGUAACAUGGAUGUUCAAAAGUAUGCGGCACUGCAAUUACUUAGGAAGAUGCGAGAUGAUACACUCCGUGAGCAUUUUGUGCUUGGAGAUCGAAGUGCUGAGUACGAAAUGGAAAUUCAAACAAUCUUGACAGAAACGGAGAUGACACCUAAAGUAACGUCAAUCCUAAAGAAAUAUGAGAAUAGUUGGAAGAUGAUGGGAGUUGUCAAUCCAAUUAGCUCUGUAGAAGGAUGCCAAACCAUGAACAUAAAGAGGAAGAAACUGAAAGAAGCCAUCCUUCUACGGAACAGAUGCCAGGAACUGGAUGACAUAUGCCGUGAGAGCAACUGGAUUCUUCCAAGAUACAAAGUACUUCCUUCAGUUACCGGUGAUAUGUACCAGGCAAGUGUCCACCUUACGGGCCCAGAUUUCAACUUGAGUGCAGAUGGUGAUAUGAAGGUCACCCCUCAUGAGGCACGAGACUCAGCGGCAUCCAACAUGCUGUCUCAGCUUCAGCAGAAGGCAAGGGAAGACUAGGAGAGCAGCAUGUCUCCACACAACCCCUGAUGCUGCAUCCUUGCUGGGUAUCGACUUCUGAAUAAGGAAGCGCGCAUGUGACUGGAAAGAACAGCCAUCACAGCUCAGAAAUAAUGAAAAUGCUGGGAGAAACAUGCUGUGAUCUCCAGUGAUUAUUGGUGUUUAGCACUGUGUUUAAGUUUCUGGAUAUCAUUAUGUUGUUGCUUUUGCGAGUUCUCUAGCUGUAGCGUGCAUUAUUUGGUUGUGAAAACAAAAAUAUAUCUACUUAUUCGAACAUACUAAUUCUGGGUAGAUGGUGUUUGCUGCAUAAGCCACAACUUUCUGCACGUGUGGUUCAGUCUGCAGUAUAUAGCUGUGAUACUAAGGCCUGUUCGGCAACCUAGCAAUCUUUUUACAGCUGAAAUUUGUUACACCUGUAA